UCCUUUAGAUUUGGAUUUUGAUUUUUAUAUAUUUUUCUCUAAUUAAUUAUCAUUCCUCCCGCUAUAAAUUCCCCCUUUGUUUACCUCUAAUUUAAUUCAAAGAACAAGUCCUUUUCUUUCUAACGCUCUUGUCUCCGUUUUAUCUUCUCUCUGGGGUUUUUCGUUUUUCCUAGUUCUGCUCUGCUCUCUUGUUCCUUUUUUUCCCUCUCUUUUUGGUAUUUUGGUUUGAUUGAAUCGAUCAUGUCGAAGAACAUUCUGGUGACCGGAGGAGCCGGUUAUAUAGGGAGCCACACAGUGUUGCAGUUGCUUUUAGGCGGAUACAAAGUGGUCGUCGCUGAUAAUCUGGAAAAUUCCUCCGCGGUUGCUAUCAAAAGAGUUGAAGAACUCGCCGGUCAAUUCGGCAGAAACCUUUCUUUUCGCCAGGUGGACCUUAGGGAUAGAUCAGUAAUCCAAAAACUUUUUGCUGAGACAAAGUUUGAUGCUGUGAUUCACUUUGCUGGACUAAAAGCGGUCGGUGAAAGUGUAGAGAAACCAUUGCUCUAUUAUGACAACAAUGUCAUUGGGACAAUCACCCUGUUGGAAGUCAUGGCUGCACAUGGAUGUAAAAAUCUUGUAUUUUCUUCAUCUGCUACUGUUUAUGGCUGGCCAAAGGAGGUUCCAUGUACAGAAGAGUCCCCCCUGUCUGCAGUGAAUCCUUAUGGACGGACGAAGCUUUUCAUAGAAGAAAUUUGUCGUGAUGUCCAUCAUUCUGAUCCUGAAUGGAAGAUCAUACUUCUAAGGUAUUUUAAUCCAGUUGGUGCACAUCCUAGUGGCCAUAUAGGUGAGGAUCCCCGGGGUAUUCCAAAUAAUCUCAUGCCUUUUGUGCAACAAGUUGCUGUCGGGAGGCGACCAGCAUUGACAGUUUUUGGAAAUGAUUAUGCCACAAAGGAUGGUACUGGGGUACGUGAUUAUAUUCACGUUGUUGAUUUAGCAGAUGGGCACAUUGCUGCAUUACGUAAAUUAUCUGAUCCAAAAAUAGGUUGUGAGGUCUACAACUUAGGAACAGGUAAAGGAACAUCAGUAUUGGAGAUGGUUGCUGCUUUUGAAAGGGCAUCUGGGAAGAAAAUUCCUCUUGUAAUGGCGGGACGUCGAGCCGGUGAUGCAGAAAUUGUUUAUGCUUCAACCAAAAAAGCGGAACGGGAGUUGAAUUGGAGGGCAAGGUACGGCAUUGAAGAAAUGUGCAGGGAUCAAUGGAACUGGGCCAGCAAGAAUCCAUAUGGAUAUGGAUCUCCUGAGUCAAACGGAGUGAUGAAGUGAAGACACUGUGAAACUACCAUUCUAUAUGAAGACAUUUUAUGAUCAUAGGAUUUUUAUUUUUUAUUAUUGACAGGAUUUUAGGUGAUUAAUUAAUACGAUUAAAGAUGUUACGAAUUAUAGAGAAAGAGGAACAUACUUAGUAUAGGGAUGCUUCAACUGCUCAGAAGCUUGUGUAUUAUACUGCUCCUCAUUACUAGCUAUCGUUUGUGGCUGUUACGAAUAGGAGUAAAUUAUCACAUGAACACGAACUACACAUAGAUACUUGUAAUGAAAAAUACCGUCAUUGUUCAA